AUGAAAUCUAUAAUUGAAGACUUGAAUGGAGAUUACUUUUGUAUAUUAGCCGAUGAAUCCAAAGAUAUCUCGCACAAAGAACAAAUGGCUCUUGUUUUGCGGUAUGUUAAUAAGAAUGGUGAAGUGGUAGAACGAUUUGUUGGCCUUGUCCAUGUUAGUGAUACAUCGGCAUGCUUAUUAACGGAAGCAAUAUAUUCUUUGCUUUCGGAUCACUCACUAAGUACAUCCAAAAUACGUGGACAAGGUUAUGAUGGAGCUAGUAAUAUGAAGGGAGAGAUAAGUGGUCUCAAGACUUUAAUUAUGAAAGAUAGCUCAUCGGCAUAUUACAUUCAUUGCUUCGCUCAUCAAUUGCAAUUAACACUUGUAGCUAUUGCUAAAAAGUAUUUGGAUGUUGAAGAAUUUUUUGAUCAUGUUACUAAUAUGCUGAAUGUUGUUGGAGGAUCUUUCAAGCGCAGAGACUUGCUUCGUCAUCAUCAAGCUGAAGAGUUGGAGCAAUUACUUAAGUCCGGUGAAGUUAUUACUGGAGAAGGAUUAAAUCAAGAACGUGGAAUCCAAAGCCCGGGUGAUACUCGUUGGGUAUCCCAUUUCGAAACAUUGGAUAACUUUAUUGCUAUUUUCUCUUCUAUUGUUCAUGUGCUUAAAUUGAUUGAGUAUGAAGGUUCUACUUCACAUGAAAGAAAUCAAGUAGAGUAUCUUUUGGGUAAGAUUAGAACAUUCAAAUUUAUUGUUGUGCUUCCCUUGAUGGUGAAAGUGUUUGUGAUGACCCAAGCGGUCAUCACUUGA